AUGGCCAGGAUCCAACAGCUUGAAGUGAUCGAGUGGAACGAAAAGUAUCUCUCGUCAGCCAAACACGACCUUUCGUCUUCGGCCGCUUCCAAUAUGUCCCUGGCUGAGCUUCUUGACAUUUCAGAGGACAGACCGGACUCCGAAAAGGCCUUGUCACUGAGUGAACUAAAGCUCAAAGGGAACGAUACUGGCUUGGGCAAUGUUGAAUUGCGGAGAAAUCUGGCAGCCCUGUACUCUGCGCGCUCGGCAGGAGUGACCGAACAUGACAUUAUAAUCACCAAUGGAAGUGCCGCUGCAGACUACACACUCUUCUCUGCGCUGCUGGCCCCUGGGGAUCAUGUCAUUUGCCAACACCCGGUUGAUGAGCUGCUUUACAAGAUACCACCAGCACUGGGCGCCGACGUCACUUGGUGGAAUGCAGACCCAGCGAAAAAGUGGGAGCUUGAUAUCGAGGAGCUGAAGACAUUGAUCAGGGACAAUACAAAAGUGAUCGCGAUCCAAAGCCCCUGUGACCCGACAGGCGCUAUAGUGUCCAGACCCAUGCUCGAGGCCCUCAUUGAAGUGGCAGAAGAAAAGGGAAUAACUAUUCUGGCGGAUGAGACCUACAGACCUCUGUUCCAUUCCAUAUUGCCGUCAGAUGAUGAUUUUCCACCCUCCACAAUCAACCUGGGCUACAAGAAAGUCGUUGUGACAGGUGCAGUAAGUAAAGCAUAUGGUUUGGCUGGGACGAGAGCCGGAUGGAUUGCCACAAAGGACAGGACCAUUCUCGAAGGCUGCAGGAAAGUUAGGCAUCUCCAAUCCGCAACCGCGUCAACAAUAGAUGAGGUGAUCGCUGCAGAGGCCCUGAGUGACAGGUGCAUUCACGCACUAUUAGCCAGAAACAUCAAGUUAUGCCAAACAAACCUAGACCUGCUGCAGGGGUUUGUCGAAGAGCACAAUUGGUCGUGUUCCUGGGUCAAACCACGGGCUGGAACAACAGCAAUGCUCAAGUUUCACAAGAUGGGGAAGCCCAUCGACAGUGAGCAGUUUUGUUCCAAGCUAUUCGAGGAGUCGGGCAUCCUCCUCUGUCCUGCAGGCAAAUGUUUCGGGGACAGUCGAGCGGUUCGCGGAUAUGUGAGGGUCGCCUUUGGAGGAUCGACGGAAGAGGUGAAAUCUGCCCUUGCGGCGUGGAGGUCAUUCAUGGAAGACAGUUUCGAGUCGGUGCCGACACUAUCGACUAAGUCAAGUAGCUGA